GUGUGUAUGUGUGGAUGGAUGGAGGAGUAGAGGGGAGCGCAUUGGACGCCGCGGAAUGGUCACAUGACAGUGACAGCAUGUGCGAUUUAAAAGAAAGGAAAAUAGAGACUUGAGCAUCAGUGGAGGAUCAGGGAGAGACCAUACGCUCACCUCUCUGCUCUGCUGGCUGUGAACGGGGCCAGCGGCUCUAAUCCGCUUCUUCCCCCCCUUUUUUUUUCUUCCGUUCUUUUUAAAUCCGCCUUUACACCUGUGAUACAAUAACGAUUCCCUCCCUCAGAGCUUCUGCAAAAUAAACCAUUGCCCUACCUUUGUUCAUCAUAACCACAGCAGAGAGAGGCAGCGCGCACGGACGGAGGCACAAUUCACCGAAAAGGAGCAACGGACAAGAGGCGCCUGACGCUCGGCCCGUUGCAGAGCUGACAAGACCUUCUCCCGGAGCCGAACCUUAUGGAAACAAGAUGGAAGGAUUCCUCGCAUCUCUGAUGAAGUAGAGCCCUAUCGAGAACACUCCCACCCUCCGUGUCCUCUUCCCCCAUUAACAAAGACCUCGGACCUGUUUGCCAUGAUCGAGAGGAUGCAGGGCUGCAGAAUGGAUGAGCAGAGGUGCCCCCUCCCUCCCCCGCUCAAAACAGAAGAAGACUACAUCCCGUAUCCCAGCGUUCAUGAGGUUCUGGGUCGCAGCAGUCCUUUUCCACUCAUCCUCCUGCCCCAGUUUGGUGGCUACUGGAUUGAGGGAACCAAUCAUGAACCUAAAGAGCCAUCGGAGGCCGAGCAGCCCCCCUGUCCUACCUCCCACGUCAAACUGGAGACGAACAGCACUGCCAAGAUCUACAGAAAGCAUUUCAUGGGCAAGGAACACUUUAAUUACUACACCAUGGAUGCCGCCCUGGGCCACUUGGUCUUUUCAAUGAAGUAUGAUGUCAUUGGGGAUCAAGAGCAUCUGCGCUUGAUGCUUCGCACAAAGCUAAAAACCCAUCAUGACGUAAUUCCCAUUUCCUGCCUUACUGAGUUCCCCAACGUGGUUCAGAUGGCCAAGCUUGUCUGCGAAGAAGUGAACGUGGACAGGUUUUACCCCGUCCUCUACCCAAAGGCAUCAAGGCUCAUUGUUACGUUUGAUGAGCAUGUGAUCAGCAACAACUUCAAGUUUGGAGUUAUUUACCAAAAGUUUGGCCAAACAUCAGAGGAGGAGCUGUUUGGGAACAUGGAAGAAAGUCCUGCUUUUGUUGAGUUCUUGGAGUUUCUUGGGCGGAAGAUUGAGCUUCAUGACUUUAAAGGUUUUCGGGGUGGACUCGAUGUCACUCACGGGCAGACGGGGACAGAAUCCAUCUACACAAAUUUCCAUAAUAAGGAGAUUAUGUUUCACGUGUCCACCAAGCUGCCUUACACAGAAGGAGACUCGCAGCAGCUGCAGCGGAAGCGGCACAUAGGCAACGACAUUGUUGCCAUCGUGUUCCAAGAGGAGAACACGCCCUUUGUGCCGGACAUGAUCCAGUCCAACUUCCUGCACGCGUAUGUGGUGGUGCAGGUGGAGAACGCGUGCACGGACAACGUCACCUACAAGGUGUCUGUCACAGCAAGGGAUGAUGUACCUUUCUUUGGGCCUGCCCUGCCUGACCCUGCCAUCUUUAAAAAGGGCCUUGAGUUCCACGAGUUCCUCUUCACCAAGCUCAUCAAUGCAGAGUACGCCUGCUACAAGGCGGAGAAGUUUGCCAAGCUGGAGGAGCGUACGCGUUCGGCCCUGCUGGAGACACUUUACGAGGAGCUGCACAUCAACAGCCAGUCCAUGAUGGGUCUGGGCGGAGACGAAGAUAAGCUGGAGAACGGGGCUGGUGGCGGAGGAGGGGGCUUCUUCGAGUCCUUUAAGCGGGUCAUCCGCAGCAGAAGCCAGUCUAUGGACGCCAUGGGUCUCAGUAACAAGAAGUCACACACAGUCUCCACUAGUCACAGUGGCAGCUUUACCCACAAUCCCGCAGAGAGCCCCAAAACCCCAGGGAUUUCAUUGCUUGUCCCAGGGAAAAGUCCCAGUAAAUAUGGACGCCGAGGCAGUGCCAUAGGGAUAGGAACAAUAGAAGAGUCACUGAUCAUUCCUGGGAAAAGCCCAACCAGGAAAAAGUCGGGGCCCUUCAGCUCGCGCCGUAGUAGUGCCAUUGGCAUCGAGAACAUCCAGGAGGUCCAAGAGAGGAGCCGGGAGGUGUCACCCAGCACCCAGAGGACACCAGACAGCAGCCACUGGUCACAGGAAAACAAGUCAGACAACUCCUCUAAUCACAGUUCUCCAGAGUUUCCUGCAGCAAAGAACAGUAUGGCCAUGUGUUGCAGGGCACCGUCCAUCCCAGAGGCUCAGGAUCUGUCCCGCUCCUCCUCCAAUGCCAGCAGCUUCGCCAGCGUUGUGGAGGAGCACGAUGCCGAGGAGGACUACGACACCGGACUGGAAAGUGUGUCUUGUGUCACGCCAGUCAAAAGAGAUUCGUUCGUGUACAGCUGUGGGGGCGAGGACGGUGCGUGCAGCACCAGCCAAGGAAGUUUUCCAGCAGCUUCUCGUCUACAGCAGCAACCGGACGGAGUGAAGACGACGGAGCCAAAGGGGACAGACGGCCGAUCCAAGACAGAGCGUGCCCAGCAGGAGUUCUCAACGAACUGUUAGCCACUCUGAACACCGCAUCAACGUCCAUUUUCAGCAUUCCCAUGAGGCAGCUGAGGGCAGGGUGACUCCACUACUGACACAGACAAGGAGCACAGUUAGAAGCCAGAUCAAGAGACUGACAAAUCUUCUUCUGUAUGUUUGGAUGUGUGGAUCUGCGGCCCGUCAGGCAAACACACGGCUCCAACCACAUGUACCCACCACUUGCCCUCAUUCCAUUUUCCGUGUGGAAAACCUCCUUGAGUGCUCGAGGCAGAAUUAAAGAGAGCUCCACGGCCCAUGCAGCAUCUCUACUGACUGUCACCUGUCGGCUGGCACAGUAGGUCCGCCCACCUGCUCAUUUCUUCAGGCCAGUAAUCUCCGACACUUGACUCUUACUGUAAACGCUCAAACGUUGUGUGUCCUAUUUUAAAGAUCAGGAUUUGAAGAUUGGGAGGGUUUUGCUCUCUCGACUGAAAGAGUACGUUUAAAAAAAUAAGUCUACGUUCAGCUGGUGAAGAGUUGCACUACAGAGGAAGUGUUUUUUUUUGUUUUAUUUUUUUUAAAUGUGAAACCCAUAUCCCACUGUGAUACUGUACAUGGGUUCAACUUUGGUGUUCCAGGUGUGUAUGUGGCCUACUGUCGAGCCACGUUUUGUGUUUUAUUCUCAUUUUUUUCUGAGUAAUCUACAGUGGGUAUCUGUUGGGUUUUACAACAAUUUCAGCAAGUGUUGUCACGUUCGGAUCGAGGGUACUUGUGUGAUGCAGCUGUUGGUGGCUGUAAAAGCAUCAUCCGUACCACAGAACACUUGUGCCACUAUUGAAAAAAAAAAGGAACUGUGGACUCCACUGAUACACAAAAGCAGGGUUAACGCAGUGCUCCAACCAGCGACGCACAGCCUCGAUCCACACUGAAAGGUACUGCUGUUUUGUCUCCAGACGCUCUUUGUCACAGCCCUCCCCACUUGUUGAUGUCCGUGUUCGGGUGUGUAUUCAAAGGUACUGUGCAUGGUGUAAAUCUGCUUGCCAAAACCCUCUCCUCUGUACACUGGUGCCAUGCUUGACAUAGAGGUGUUGUCCCUGUGAUUUGUGUUUUAAUGAAAACCAGCUGACAUCUCCAGGUGCAGUGCACAUUGCUGAUAGAGAGCCGAACGUCUCCUACUUUAUUUAUGAAAUGUAACAUAUGUACAAGCACUACGUCGUCAGAGUUAUUUCCAAAUGCUAACCUUUCUGAGGAACCAGAUUUGUUGCUGAGAAUGAAUUACACUGUGACUCGUCUAGAAGUUGCCUUUGUGGUAGUGUCGCGAGCUGCUUUGAAGGAGGGUAAGAUUUUAAAGGCACACUGCAUUGCCAAAUGGCUUGAAUGUAAAACUAGGCAGAAAUGGGUUUAACUGUACAUAUCUGCUCCAGGAAACGGUGAGGUCGUCUUGAUCCCUGACACUCGCUCAAGCUCUUACUGAGCAGGGAAGCUCUUUUUUUCUUCUUCCUGUUUUCAGUUCGUUAUGAAGGAAAUAACUGACAUGUGGAGUUGUUUUAUGUCAACUGACAUUUAUUGUCCGAAAUUAAUGAAAGCAUUUACAAUUAGUGACAAAUCAAAAAGUUAAAGACCACAUGCAAAACUCCCUGAAUACUGUAACCAUCAAGCUGUUUAUAGCUACAAAUCAAUCUAAAGGAAAAUGGCAUUGAAAAAAAAAUAUAUAGAGAGAGAGAGAUAAUUUUUUGGUAAUGAUUAAACAUCUGUCUUAUAAACUUUUAAAUAGAUUUAUGUAAAAAAAAAAAAAAGAAAGAUGAUUUUAAAUUAUUUUCCUCUAGACCUUGGAAAACGCUUGAGUAGAUGAAGUCUGCCCCCUUGUGGCUCUUUACUAAUAUAGCACAUCCCUCUGCUGUAACCAUCCGUUUAUCUGUGCUUGCACUGUGUGCCAGUGGCUGACGACCACAACACUGGCAGCGACGACUCCUCUGUGUGCGCUCGAUGUGCUCGAUUCAAAUGAUUGUAUUCCUGUUCAUGGUUUGCUUAAGCCCUUGUUCGAAAGUUUGUACAUAUUGCUUUACAUCUUUCUUUUGUAAAUGACUCCAACAAAAAAAAAAGUUUAAUAAAGACAAAGAUGCAUACGAGAUACAUGAAAUCGAGCCCUGGAGCAAUUUUUGACAUGUAAACGUCAUGUAAAAGUUACUGUGGCAUUAAGUAUUUUAGUAAGACUAAUGAAGUACCUGUUGUGCAAUGGAAGACCUGGCUUGUUUCACUCAUAUUAAGUUGCCAAUUUCUUUUCAACUAAUUAUAUAUUAUAUACUGGACAUUUUUUUUUUCAAAUCUACAUGUGUAUUAAAUUGUGGGGUAUUGAAACAUUCGAGAUAGGUCAAAUUUGACCCAGAGGACAGUAGGAAGGUUAAGACAUAAUGUAAGGCAUAACUGUUAAUUAUAAUAAUAAACACCCUCAACUUAG